AACACUGAGGUGCAUAGAUGUAUGGCGUUUUUGUCGAACUGUCAAUGUCAGAAAUGUGCCGUAAUAAAAAUUGUGCAAUUUUGUUUUUCUAAGGUUUUUUUAAUCGAAACAUUGUAAGUUGCAUAUAACAAAAAUGUUUAAGUUACUCAGCCGGCAUGGGCGCCGUGGUGCUGUUAUGAAUGUAUUCUGCGAAAGGUUUGAGGUUAAGAAGGCGCGAGUCUUCGUUUAUUCUUCAAGUGUAUCAGUGAGAUUUGCUUCUAAUACAGGCAGCGAUGCAGGAAAGACUGCCCCGCUGGUCGACCCUAUACCAGAACCGCCGCCAGUACCAGAUCCAUCCACUUUUGCUGAUGUAACAGAAGCAGUACAACAGUUGGCCGCAAAUGGGGAACCUACCUUUGCUAGUCUGGGACUUGGUGGAUGGGGCCCUGUAGGCAUAGUUCAGAACUGUCUGGAGUACUUGCACGUGUCAUUAGACGUGCCCUGGUGGGGCGCGAUCGUCAUGGGUACAUUAGUGGUCCGUAUUCUCAUGUUUCCACUUGUUAUUAUAUCACAAAGGAAUUCCGCGAUUAUGAACAACCAUUUACCGGAAAUUCAAGUCUUGCAACUCAAGAUGACACAAGCUAGACAGACGGGCAAUCAGAUCGAGACUGCUCGGUACGCACAAGAAAUGAUGCUUUUCAUGAAAGAGAAAGGUUUGAACCCACUCAAAAAUAUGCUUGUGCCAUUAGCUCAGGCCCCACUCUUCAUUUCAUUCUUUGUUGGAUUGAGAGGUAUGGCAAAUUGUCCAGUUGAAAGUAUGAGCCAUGGUGGUUUAUGGUGGUUCAUGGAUUUGACAGUGCCAGACCAAUUCUUCCUGCUGCCAAUAAUAACAAGCGCCACACUGUGGGCGACAAUUGAACUUGGAGUGGACGGAGGCCGUCUGGAUGCUCAGAACAUGCAUGUCAUGAGAUACCUCCUCCGUGCAGUUCCCCUUGUGAUGAUACCAUUCACAAUCAACUUCCCUGGUGCUAUCCUUGUCUACUGGUGUUCCAGUAAUUUCAUAUCAUUAUUACAAGUUGGCUUGCUUAAAGCUCCAGUGGUGAGAGACUAUUUUAAAAUCCCCAGAUUGAUGUCUCACAAGCCCGAUAACUUGCCAAUGAAGAAGAAAGGAUUUGUCGAAGGUGCAAAGGACUCAUGGACCAAUUUAAAGAUUUCCAGGGAGUUGGCAGACAGACAAAGGGUUGAUGAAAUGAUGUUCACAAAAGCAGGAAAAGGUCCCCUACAGAAAACAUAUAAAUAUGAUCCAACUAAGUUAUCAAAUGUACAAACUAAACCAAAGUAGGUUAUAUCAAGCAUUUAGAAAUUAUUGUAGACUUAUUAUGUAAUUAAUUAUAUAAAACUGUAAAGGUUUUGAAAUA